GCCCCGCUCGCUCCUCCGCAUUAUUAUCACCCGACGCCCCUCUCCUCUCCCCUCCGACUCCCCCCGGCCCCCUCCCUCCCCUGCUCGCCAACGAGCGGCAGCAGAUUUGCCCGUCUCCCCUCCCCCUCCUCCCCACCCUCUGCCUUUCUCCUCCGUCCUUCUUGGCGCUGAGCAGGGAGGCGCACGGGGAGCUGCGGGCGGGCGGCGGCGAUGGGGAAGCCGCGGGCGAUGCUGGCCCUCGCGGCCGCGCUCGCGCUGCUCCUCUCCUGCUCCGACGUCGUCGUCAGGGGCCAGGACACCGAGAGGAUCGAAGGGAGUGCUGGUGAUGUGCUGGAGGAUGAUCCCGUCGGGAGGCUGAAGGUGUACGUCUACGAGCUGCCCACCAAGUACAACAAGAAGAUGGUGGCCAAGGACUCCAGAUGCCUCAGCCACAUGUUUGCCGCCGAGAUAUUCAUGCACCGGUUCCUGCUGUCGAGCGCUAUCCGGACCAUGAACCCGGAGGAGGCCGACUGGUUCUACACUCCGGUGUACACCACCUGUGACCUUACUCCGUGGGGCCAUCCCUUGCCCUUCAAGUCUCCGCGGAUCAUGAGGAGUGCAGUUCAGUUCAUCUCCUCGCACUGGCCCUACUGGAACCGGACGGCGGGUGCUGAUCAUUUCUUCGUCGUGCCACAUGACUUUGGGGCAUGCUUCCAUUAUCAGGAAGAGAAGGCGAUUGAAAGGGGGAUCCUUCCAUUGCUUCGCCGCGCUACACUUGUCCAGACAUUUGGGCAGAAGGAUCAUGUCUGCCUAAAGGAGGGCUCAAUCAACAUCCCACCAUAUGCUCCUCCCCAGAAAAUGAAAACUCACCUUGUACCCCCGGAGACCCCGCGGUCCAUCUUUGUGUAUUUCCGUGGUUUGUUCUACGAUACGGCGAAUGACCCCGAGGGUGGUUACUAUGCAAGAGGUGCCCGUGCGUCGGUGUGGGAGAACUUCAAGAACAACCCACUGUUCGACAUCUCGACGGACCACCCACCCACCUACUACGAGGACAUGCAGCGCGCCAUCUUUUGCCUGUGCCCUCUAGGCUGGGCUCCGUGGAGCCCCCGUCUCGUGGAGGCGGUGGUGUUCGGGUGCAUCCCGGUGAUCAUCGCGGACGACAUCGUGCUGCCCUUCGCGGACGCCAUCCCGUGGGACGAGAUCGGCGUGUUCGUGGCGGAGGACGACGUGCCCAAGCUGGACACCAUCCUGACCUCCAUCCCCAUGGAGGUGAUCCUGCGGAAGCAGAGGCUGCUGGCCAACCCGUCGAUGAAGCAGGCCAUGCUGUUCCCGCAGCCCGCCCAGCCCGGGGACGCCUUCCACCAGAUCCUGAACGGGCUGGCGCGGAAGCUCCCGCACAGCAAGAGCGUGUACCUGACCCCAGGGCAGAAAGCGCUGAACUGGACCCAGGGCCCCAAGGGCGACCUGAAGCCAUGGUAGGUAGCCGCGGCACCGGCAUUGGCUCCAUGAGCUGAUGAUGUUCAGUCAGAAUGAAAAUGAGAGGACUGAUGAGUAAGCCCAGCCAAGCCAAGCCAUUACUGUCAUCAAAUGUAAAGCUCCUUCCUUCCUGAUUACCUUGCUUCUUUUUGUUGUGUUGAUGUGCCUGCCUACCUUCCAUGUUAUGGCAUGGCAUGGUUCCCUUGUUUUUUGUUGCCCUAGUGCUUAGAACUGCUGCUGCUGUAGGUGAUCAUGGAUCAUAUAGUGUUAUAUAUAUGCAUGACCUUUGUAUUA